AUGAGACUUUCCGCUCCCCUCCUUCUCCUUCCCACCUUCCUCACCUGCAUCCUCGCCAACCCGCUCCAGAUUCAAAUCCUCGAGGACGACGAGAAGACCUCUACCACUUUCCCCGCCGACGAGAAGCAUUACUGCGGCGGGCUGGGGGCGCUCUGUCAGGUCAAGAGCCCUAAACUGAUCUGGAUCUGCGACUGUCCCCAUAAGACCAAGUGCGAGUCCCGGGUCGUUCAUGCCGGUGCGAGUUACUGGUAUUGCAGUGUUCCGAAAGAUGGGAAUGAUUAG